UGUGGGAGAGGAGAGAAAGAAAGAACAGAAAGAAUAAGAGAGAAAGGAGAGAAAGUGUAUACGUCUAGUGAAAAGUGAAAGAGAAGAGCGAGAAAGAGAGAAUAGAAAGAAUAAGAGAGAAAAAGAGAGUGUGUGUGCGUGUCUGCAUUCGAAUUUGAUCUGACGAUAAAACGAGUACGUGGAUAUUUUCUCCUGCCAUUCCACAGAAGACCAAUAAAUUGGUGUUGCUUGGACCAAAGUACAUCGUGUCAACUGAAACAAAAACGUAUGACGAUGAAAAAAAAAGCAUUCGUAAGUGAAUCUGGUCUCUCAAAGAAAUUAUUAGUUGAAGGAGCAUUUACCAACCAAGCACUACAGAAUCGCUUCAAGGUUCAACCACCACCAGAUGCUGGAGCAUUCAAACCAAGAAUCAUAAAAACAACAGCCUUCCGUCGAUUUUAUGAGAGGGGAGACUUCCCUAUAGCUCUGGAAUUUGAUACGAAAGGAAACAAGAUUGCAUGGAAGAUUGAAAUUGAAAAAAUGGAUUAUCAUCACUUUUUACCACUGUUCUUUGAAGGCUUACGAGAAAACCAGCACCCGUAUGAAUUCUUUGCUCGCCAGGGUAUACAUGACAUGUUAGAACAUGGAGGAAAUAAAAUUUUGCCUUGCAUUCCUCAACUUAUUAUUCCAAUUAAAGAAGCUCUCAAUACAAGAAGUUUGCCUAUAGUAUGUACAACGCUGAAGGUCUUGCAACAUUUGGUUGUAUCAGCUGAAUUAGUUGGUGAAGCCCUUGUACCGUAUUAUAGACAGAUUCUACCAAUAUUCAACAUCUUCAAAAACAAGAACUUAAAUAUUGGUGAUGAAAUAGACUACAGCCAACAGAAACGAAUGAAUGUUGGAGACUUGAUUCAGGAAACUUUAGAGCUCUUUGAACGUCAUGGUGGAGAAGACGCUUUCAUCAACAUCAAGUACAUGAUACCAACAUAUGAAUCAUGUCUUAUGAACUAAUUCUUGUUUCAGUCUUUAACCUUGGUGAAUGGAGAGUUUUCUUAAAUCAGGAUUCAUAACAUAAUUUGCUCAUUUGGAUGAUAUAAAAGAUGUCUAAUUUUCCUGAUAUAUAUAUAUAUUCAUAUAUAUUCUUUAUCUCUUCAUUUACACAAUGCUCUGUGGAAUCUUCUACGACUACCACUACUACUACUACUACAAUUGUUAUGAUUAAUGAUUAUAUUAUUUACAAGAUUAUUUUAACAAAAAUUAAAGAUUUUAAACCUA